UUCAAUACGGAGGCCGCCAUCUUGCCGGAGGCCCCCCGGCAGGCACGUCCGGAGAGGCGACUGCGCAUGCUCCAGGGACCUGGCUAAGGUCUGAAUUUUCUCGGAGAAAGACAGGCCGGCCACGAGGAAAGCAGAAACAAGCCGCAGCAACAUCUAAGCCCUUGAAAGGAUCCUGAGGGGGGAAAGGGAAACAGCCGCCACCAGCCCAACCACUGUGUCUUCUGCCCCCUCCCUCUUGCCCACCCCACCAGCCCACGCUGCUUGGGACUUGAAAUCUGCGGCCGAAGGACCGUCACCACAUAACUGCAAACAAUAAUCAGCCACCCUCCCUGCCCAAACCCACCCAAGUCCACUCAUCCAGCGCUUACUUUUUUGAAUCCACUCAGAAUUUUUUUUCUGCGACCCCCCUCCCUAAAUGGAGUUGGGUGGGGGGGGAAAUGAAUACUGAGUCGGCCUUUAUUUUUUUUAAAGAGACUUUUUGAUCCAAUGAGGCCCCCCCAAGUCAUUUGAGUUUUGGGUCCUGGUUGGUUGUUUUUUUUUUUCCUCCAAAAUUUUACCCCCCCUCCCCCCUGAGCCCGAGGUGCUGACGUCGCAAAAAAAUUGGAUAAAACCACAAGCAUGGGUUCAGGUCCUAUAGACCCCAAAGAGCUUCUCAAGGGCCUGGAUAGCUUCCUUAACCGAGAUGGGGAAGUCAAGAGUGUGGAUGGGAUUUCCAAGAUCUUCAGUCUGAUGAAGGAAGCACGAAAGAUGGUGAGUCGAUGCACGUACUUGAACAUUCUCCUGCAGACCCGUUCUCCAGAAAUACUGGUCAAGUUUAUCGAUGUUGGUGGCUAUAAGCUUCUUAACAAUUGGCUGACGUAUUCGAAGACAACCAAUAACAUUCCUCUCCUCCAGCAAAUUCUACUGACCCUGCAGCACCUGCCGCUCACUGUGGACCACCUUAAGCAGAAUAACACAGCCAAACUGGUGAAGCAACUGAGCAAGUCCAGUGAGGAUGAAGAGCUCCGGAAGUUGGCCUCGGUCCUUGUCAGCGACUGGAUGGCUGUCAUCCGUUCCCAGAGCAGCGCUCAGCCUGCUGAGAAAGAUAAGAAGAAACGUAAAGAGGAGGGGAAGAGUCGAGCCGCCCCUCCCGAGCGGCCUUUGACUGAGGUGAAGGCUGAGCCCCGGGCUGAGGAGGCCCCAGAGAAGAAGAAGGAGAAGCCCAAGUCUCUUCGAACCACAGCACCCAGUCACGCCAAGUUCCGAUCCACUGGACUGGAGCUGGAGACGCCGUCUCUGGUGCCUGUGAAGAAGAAUGCCAGCGCGGUGGUGGUCUCUGACAAGUACAACCUUAAGCCCAUCCCCCUCAAGCGGCAGAGCACUGCAGCUGCUCCAGGAGAUGCUGUGCCCCCUGCAGAGAAGAAAUACAAGCCCCUCAAUACGACACCCAAUGCCACCAAAGAGAUCAAAGUGAAGAUCAUCCCGCCGCAGCCUAUGGAAGGCCUGGGCUUUCUGGAUGCUCUCAAUUCAGCCCCUGUCCCAGGCAUCAAAAUUAAAAAGAAGAAGAAGGUGCUGUCACCUACAGCUGCUAAGCCAAGCCCCUUUGAAGGGAAAACAAGCACAGAACCAAGCACAGCCAAACCUUCUUCCCCAGAACCAGCACCUCCCUCUGAGACUAUGGACACAGACCGUCCAGGCACCCCCGUCCCCCCCGUGGAAGUCCCAGAGCUCAUGGAUACAGCCUCCCUGGAGCCAGGGGCUCUGGAUGCAAAGCCCGUGGAGAGUCCCGGGGACCCCAGCCAGCUGACGCGGAAAGGCAGGAAGAGGAAGUCUGUGACGUGGCCCGAGGAGGGCAAGUUGAGAGAAUAUUUCUAUUUUGAACUGGAUGAAACGGAGCGAGUAAAUGUGAAUAAGAUCAAGGACUUUGGCGAGGCAGCUAAGCGGGAGAUACUGUCAGACCGACAUGCGUUUGAGACAGCUCGGCGGUUGAGCCAUGACAACAUGGAGGAGAAGGUGCCCUGGGUGUGUCCCCGGCCCCUGGCUCUGCCCUCACCUCUCGUCACCCCUGGAAGUAACAGUCAGGAGCGCUACAUCCAGGCUGAGCGGGAGAAGGGAAUCCUUCAGGAGCUCUUCCUGAACAAGGAGAGCCCUCACGAGCCCGAUCCUGAGCCCUACGAGCCCAUCCCUCCUAAACUCAUCCCCUGGAUGAGGUGAUGUUCCAUGGAUGAGACCCCGUAUGUUGAGACCCUGGAGCCUGGGGGAUCAGGGGGCUCACCUGAUGGUGCAGGAGGCUCUAAGUUACCUCCGGUUCUGGCCAAUCUCAUGGGAAGCAUGGGUGCUGGGAAAAGCCCCCAAGGUCCUGCAGGAGGGGGCAUCAACGUCCAGGAGAUCCUUACCUCCAUCAUGGGGAGCCCGAACAGCCACCCCUCAGAGGAACUGCUGAAACAACCGGACUAUUCUGAUAAGAUCAAGCAGAUGCUGGUGCCACAUGGACUCCUAGGCCCUGGUCCAAUAGCCAAUGGUUUCCCACCAGGAGGCCCUGGCCCCAAGGGCAUGCAGCACUUCCCGCCUGGACCUGGCGGGCCUAUGCCAGGUCCCCACGGAGGCCCUGGUGGGCCAGUGGGUCCACGUCUCCUGGGUCCCCCACCCCCUCCCCGGGGGGGUGAUCCCUUCUGGGAUGGCCCAGGUGACCCCAUGAGGGGAGGCCCGAUGCGAGGGGGUCCAGGACCAGGCCCCGGGCCAUACCAUAGAGGCCGAGGUGGCCGAGCAGGGAACGAACCUCCUCCCCCACCCCCUCCAUUCCGAGGGGCCCGAGGCGGUCGCUCUGGGGGAGGACCCCCAAACGGACGCGGGGGCCCUGGCGGGGGCAUGGUUGGAGGUGGUGGCCAUCGUCCCCAUGAAGGCCCUGGAGGGGGCAUGGGGAGUGGCAGUGGACAUCGUCCCCACGAAGGCCCUGGCGGUGGCAUGGGCAGUGGCCACCGUCCCCACGAAGGCCCUGGUGGUGGCAUGGGCAGCGGCCACCGUCCCCACGAAGGCCCUGGUGGUGGCAUGGGCGGUGGUGGUGGACACCGCCCCCACGAAGGCCCUGGCGGGAGCAUGGGUGGAAGUAGUGGCCAUCGCCCCCACGAAGGCCCUGGACACGGGGGGCCCCAUGGCCACCGGCCUCAUGAUGUGCCUGGUCACCGAAGCCACGACCACCGAGGGCCACCUCCUCACGAGCAUCGUGGCCACGAUGGCCCUGGCCAUGGGGGAGGGGGUCAUCGAGGGCACGAUGGAGGCCACAGUCAUGGAGGAGACAUGUCAAACCGCCCUGUGUGCCGACAUUUCAUGAUGAAGGGCAACUGCCGCUAUGAGAACAACUGUGCCUUCUACCACCCGGGUGUCAAUGGGCCCCCCCUGCCCUAGGGACCGCCUGCCCCCCCGCCCCCGUGGAUUGCAGCCUUGCUCCUUCCACCUUGUUAUGGCUUCUGUGAGGCCCGUUUCCCCGUUCCCCAGCUGAUGAGCCGGCCCCUUCAGUUCCCACCUGCUUGGGUUCCUGGGGGGUUUCUGAUCACUGGUGCGCAUUGAUGUACAUAUUUUCCUCCAGUCUGGGGAGGAGAGAGACUGGACACGUUCUGUACCCUGGACUACUGAAGAGGAGACCCAGUUGGCUUCACUUUUUGAGGAGAUUUCACCCUGUACCCUAAACCCCUUUCCAGUAUUACCUUUCAUGCCUGAGACCCUAAAGCUGGUUACCCUGGAGAACACCUCUGCUCUCCUGUCCUGGGCCCUCCACACGGCAUCAGCUGCACUUAGGAAACCAUCCCAGCCAAGUUCAUUACUCCCCCUGGGGUGGGGAGACGCUCAAAGGGUAUGGUAUGUCCCUCUGCACUGAGGGCUCAGUCAGCCUGCAGCUGAGUUCUGGAUCUCUCGCCCCCACCCUCGCUGACACAGCCCUCUCUCAGCUAAGACUUCGCAGUCGUCUGUCCCCACGGCUGCAGCCUGGGUUUGCUAGGUUCCGUGAUGGCAAAUUCAUGUCUGCAGCCAUUGACAGUUCUAGCUGCAUGGGUGAGGCCAGCGGCGUUGGCCUGCCUUUGCCCGUAGCCAUUCUGGAGACUUCAGAAACGACUUCAGUGCGACCAGCUUCUCAUCAAUUCCGAGCCCAGCACGCUGGGCCUGACCGUCACACUACAUGCACUGCCUCUCGGAGCCGAGUGUGCUCCCUGCCCCCACCUGGAACCUUGUCAGUGUGAGGCACCUCCGGACCCCUCCUGGGCGCCUUCCUGGAUGGAAUCAACAAGAUGGUUUCGCCCUGUCCCAGUCCUCUCCUCCACCUGUCUUGGCAUCAGUUGUUUUCUAUGAAAACAGUGGAUUGGUUGGGUUUUGUGCAGGGUCUUGGGUUAGAGCCACAAUGGAUUUGAGGAUAAGUAUUUUCUUUUUCUUUUGGUUUUGUAUAUUUUGUACAUUAAUAAUAAACAGUGGAAAGAGAA